CAGAAGAUAGAGGGAGUCUCGGAGCUCGCCAUCUCCAGCGAUCUCUACAUUGGGAAAAAACAUGGAGUCAGCUCCGGCAGCCCCCGACCCCGCCGCCAGCGAGCCGGGCAGCAGCGGCGCGGACGCGGCCGCCGGCUCCAGGGAGACCCCGUUGAACCAGGAAUCCGCCCGCAAGAGCGAGCCGCCCGCCCCGGUGCGCAGACAGAGCUAUUCCAGCACCAGCAGAGGCUUAUCAGUGCCAGUAUCCAUUGAGGGGACUGAGAGAAGGGGGCAAGCUGCAGGUAUCUCAGUAACGAAGAAGACACAUACAUCUCAAAUUGAAAUUAUUCCAUGCAAGAUCUGUGGAGACAAAUCAUCAGGAAUCCAUUAUGGUGUCAUUACAUGUGAAGGCUGCAAGGGCUUUUUCAGGAGAAGUCAGCAAAGCAAUGCCACCUACUCGUGUCCUCGUCAGAAGAACUGUUUGAUUGAUCGAACCAGUAGAAACCGCUGUCAACACUGUCGAUUACAGAAAUGCCUUGCCGUAGGGAUGUCUCGAGAUGCUGUAAAAUUUGGCCGAAUGUCGAAAAAGCAACGAGACAGCUUGUACGCAGAAGUGCAGAAACACAGGAUGCAGCAGCAGCAGCGAGACCACCAACAGCAGCCUGGAGAGGCCGAGCCGUUGACUCCGACCUACAACAUGUCAGCCAACGGGCUGACGGAACUUCACGACGACCUCAGCAACUACAUUGACGGGCAUACCCCGGAGGGCAGCAAGGCGGACUCAGCCGUCAGCAGCUUCUACCUGGACAUACAGCCUUCCCCGGACCAGUCAGGUCUUGAUAUCAAUGGAAUCAAACCAGAACCAAUAUGUGACUACACACCAGCAUCAGGGUUCUUUCCCUACUGUUCUUUCACCAAUGGAGAGACUUCCCCAACUGUGUCCAUGGCAGAAUUAGAACAUCUUGCACAGAAUAUAUCUAAAUCACAUCUGGAAACUUGCCAAUACUUGAGAGAAGAGCUCCAGCAGAUAACGUGGCAGACCUUCCUGCAGGAGGAGAUUGAGAACUAUCAAAGCAAGCAGCGGGAGGUAAUGUGGCAGUUGUGUGCCAUCAAAAUCACAGAAGCGAUACAGUAUGUGGUGGAGUUUGCCAAACGCAUUGAUGGAUUUAUGGAACUGUGUCAAAACGAUCAAAUUGUGCUUCUCAAAGCAGGUUCUCUAGAGGUGGUGUUUAUCAGAAUGUGCCGUGCCUUCGACUCUCAGAACAACACCGUGUACUUUGAUGGGAAAUAUGCUAGCCCCGAUGUGUUCAAAUCCUUAGGUUGUGAAGACUUUAUUAGCUUUGUAUUUGAAUUUGGAAAGAGUUUAUGUUCUAUGCACCUGACUGAAGAUGAAAUAGCAUUGUUUUCUGCAUUUGUACUGAUGUCAGCAGAUCGCUCGUGGCUGCAGGAAAAGGUAAAAAUUGAAAAACUGCAACAGAAAAUUCAGCUAGCUCUUCAACACGUCCUACAGAAGAAUCACCGAGAAGACGGAAUACUAACAAAGUUAAUAUGCAAGGUGUCUACAUUAAGAGCCUUAUGUGGACGACAUACAGAAAAGCUAAUGGCAUUUAAAGCAAUAUACCCAGACAUUGUGCGACUUCAUUUUCCUCCAUUAUACAAGGAGUUGUUCACUUCAGAAUUUGAGCCAGCAAUGCAAAUUGAUGGGUAAAUGUAUCACCUAAGCACUUCUAGAAUGUCUGAAGUACAAACAUGAAAAACAAACAAACAAAAAUUAACCAAGACACUUUAUAUGGCCCUGCACAGACCUGGAGCGCCAACACACUGCACAUCUUUUGGUGAUCGGGGUCAGGCAAAGGAGGGGAAACAAUGAAAACAAAUAAAAGUUGAACUUGUUUUUCUCAUGCAUAUGAUUUCCAUUAUGCCUACAGAUAUGGACCCUUUUUCUGUCUCGACUUCUUGAUCGUUGACCUCUGUUUACAAUAUAAGGAGGGUACUAAAGUUGGAGGAUUUCCUUUUCUUGUAGCUCACUGCCCACAGACUUUCUACAGAGUCACCCAUCUAUCAGUAACAACAGAGAGUCCAGCAAUAAUCGGUGACUGGUGUGCAUAGCGGAGGUUGCAGCAUUACUUUGCACAACUUGCUCUUUGUUUCAUGAAGGAAGUUUCUGUUUUUUUUUCACCGAUUAUUGCCAGUCAGCAGGAUGGCACGAAAAGGGUCCAUAGCACUAGCAACAAUAGCAUUAUAAUAUAUUACAGGGUAAAUGGGCAUGAAGACUAUAUAUAGCUAAAAGAGAUAUUGUUUAUAUAUUGUUUUAAUUAAUAUAAAAUGUAGUUACUGGUGUAGCUUUUCCUGUUGAAUUGAUAAGGCACUUUCAUUUUGCACCUUUUUCUUUAAAUUAAAUGCUAGCGUGUUCACUGUCGUGUCGCAUGUGCACCAGAAACACAAGUUUAACUGAGAAGGCUUGGAAGGUACGUCAGGAGGUAUUUAUGCUGCUGUUUACAAAAUUACUUUUAAAAGACUGGCUGGUCAUAUCUAGAAAUCACAAUGUUGGAUUAUUUUUUUUAAUAUGUGAAUUUGGAAUUAGAAACAGAACUCUCCCUGAAUUAUACUUUGCGUUUUGGUAAGUUUAAGGAUAGAUGUGUUUAUGCUUCAUACAAAGUUGAAUGAUCGAUUGGUGCUGUGGACUUAUACCAUCAUGCACAUGACUUUUAAAAAGCUUUUUAAAAAUGCCACCUCAUGGAGGUUAAGGGAAGGGAGGCUCAUUUUAUACAAUUCAGUAGUUAUAUAGACUCAGUCUCAACUUGGAAUGCUUAUGCUUUGAGAACAAAUCAGUAACCAGAAUAUUUAUUGGACGUCAGCAUUUAUUAUAAGAAGGACCCAAAGAUUAUAUCUGGAGCAAACGCACACUCCCCAUGUGAGGACACGAAGCAUUCACUUUAUGAAUGUUUGUGUUCUUGAUAUAAUCUAGGAACCCUAAGAGUUUAUCUCAGAGUGAACUAUUUCUAGACUAGCUGCCUCCGAAUGCUGUAAUUCUAGACUAUUGCUCUCCAUAUUUCAUAGACUGAAUAGCAGGGUGAGGGAGGCAUGCCAUGUUGAACUAGUUUCUCUUAUUUAACUAUCAAAUAUCUUAAGCCUUUAAAGUGAAGUCAAAGCUAGCUGCAAACAUUUACUUUUGUAUUUAUCGUCACUAGAAAACUGUGGAGUGUAAUUUAUUUUAUUAAAUAUUUAGAAGAUUGAUUGUUUUGGUGUUCAGGUGAGAAAUAUUGAGUUGUUUUUCUUUAAUUCCAUGGGUUUUUUUUAAAAAAAAAUAAUUCCCAGUGGGGGAAGGGAGAAGGAACAGCCUGAUAUACAAGUGUGCAUAUUUUAGAAAUAAGUGACCUUUGGAAAUGUAGGCAUUUAGAGGAUAACUUUAAUCCCACUUGGGCUAGAAGUCAAACUUCUGGUCUUACAUCAAAGACCAUGUUUGUACAGAAAAGGGAACGUCCUCCCAUAGUAUAAAGGUGGGAGUUUCCGAGCAGCCCUUUACAGCAAAGAAAGUGUCUCCUUUACCAGCAGGGUCCCUCCUGAAUCUCCGGCAGGAACUGUGUCUCCUGAUGUGAGGCUGGAUCAUAGUGAGGGCUUCCCAAAGCCCUUCACCCUGUUUUGGACUCCACUGACUUUCUGACUUGAUUCCUGAGGGACUUGGAAAAGGAGAAGGAAUUAUUCACACAGAAGUGUGUAUGAAGCCUAAAUAACAUCUAAAAAAAUGUUUCAAAAGUAUAGUAAGGGUGUAACCAUAAAUAGAAGAAUAAUAUUUACUUAAAUUCCUUAGAAGCAUAUAAAAUUUUAUGUGUUUAUAUAGAGAGGUUAACUAUAAGCAUAUAGUAUUUAUAUUUGGGCAAGAAGGGUUAAAUCAAAUUUUUAAUUUAAAUAAGCAUAGUUCCUUUAAAGUUCAAUAGUAUUUAUACUCUAAAAAGAGUACCAAGCUUAGUUCAGUUAUUUAUUUGUCCAUGUUUUUUCCUAUUGUUUCUCCUUUGGGGGAAAAUAGUGUGUUUUUAUUUUGGUUUGGUUUUGUUUUUUGUUUUUCUGUCAUUCUGAUUCACUAAAUUUGGGGAUGGUUUUAUUAAAGUAUAUUAACUUCUUUUUAACCAAAGCUUUCUGAAUAUGACCAGCCUCAGGUGCUAGCGCAUUAAAGAGCAACUAAACCUAAUUCCAGUGUCCGUUUGUGAAAUGAUCGGAGCUAAUUGAAUUUCUCUAAGGGUGAGAGAGAACUUAAUGUUGAACUUUAAAAGAAAUUCUUUUUCCCAGAAAGGAUUUUGCAUGUACCUAAUGCAAAAAAAAAGGACGCUCUAAUCUCAGUAAUAGUCACACCAUGGUGACAUUGCUUUUAGAGGAAACCAAGACACAUUGACAUGAUGCUGCUACUCGGUCUUUCUGAAAGAAAAGCAGCUGUGGACUUGGAGAGCAAAGUACAUCGACAGUAUAGGAACAGUAGUAGAGGCUUGUUCCGUGAAAGGAGCGAACGGCUAUUAUUUGGAUUGAAGUUGGGAUCUGAAGUUAAACUAUAAAUUCAGUUAAAAAAAAAAUAUGAUGUCUAGAAAAGGAUGUGAAAAACUUUGCAUUUUUAUUUUUCUCCUUGUUAUAGAAACACCAAUGUGAUGACAAAAUACUUGGUGAUACAGAACAAUUACUCUCAAUAGUUGUUAAAAUUAAAGUUUCCUAAAUUUAAAUGUCCAAGUGUUUUAUUAAAGAUUAGAAUCAUUGUUGUCCUGGCUGCUAUAAGGCCUUGUAUACAAAUUUUUACAUAGAGUAAAUGAGGCUUUUCUAUAAAUCCUGAAUACCUUCAGUUACAAUGGUGUCCAAAUGGUUAUAUUGUGAAAAAAGUGGCUUGGUCACAAUGAAAACAAAAGUGCAGGUGAAAGUGCUUUUUUGGACAGUUUGCAAACUGUGUUAAAGCUAUGGAUUUUUUUUAAGUGUUCAGCGUCCUAAUUUACAUUAAAGCUAUGGAUUUUUUUUAAAAAGUCUUCAGCAUCCUAAUUCACCCUUCCUAACUUAAGGAAAACAUGACUUAUGACACUGCUCCUAAGUUUGGUUGUUCUUUAUAGUAUGGAUACCCAGAUGUCUGUGAGCGUAUAAGGGGUGGGCUGAGGGUCAGGUGAGGAUGGAGUGUGUGUGUGGGUGUGGGUGUGUGUGUGUGUGUGUGUGUGAAAUUUUCGUGUGUAUGAUGUGCGUAUGUCGGACCGCUUCUAGGCUACUAAGUGUCAAUGGAUAAGAAAAUGUAUUCAAAAUACUUAAAUCAAAACUAGAAGAUGGGGAAAAAAAAAGAUUUAUUCUAUACAAAGCCUUGUCUGGACCACUUUAGAGAGACUUCUAUUUUUUUAACCCUUCUAUAAAUAUUUGAUGGCACUUGAAAUAUUCCUGCAAUAAAAUGUGAUUUGUGUAAAGAAAAAAAAAGAUUUUGUAAUGUGAAACAAAGAAAGAAAGUAAUGUAAUUUUCUAAAAAAAAAAUACAAACAAACAAACUUUGUAUUAUUUUCUUGAUGGAAUUUGUCUAUCUGUCUUUGGAAAACUUUUUAUUUCAUUGAAUGUGCCAUAGUAGAAUUACGUGUUUUUAGUUUUAGACUAAGGAAUAGCUGUUUGUGUUCCGACAUUCCAAAAUGCAAAACAACCUAGUAGAAUCUUUAAUGAAAAGGUUUAAGUAGGAUGUAAGCUUCUCUCAUUGUUGCUUUUUUGCACAUUUUCUUCAUUCCUCUCUAGUGCAAUAUAUGUACAUAGAGCACUUGCGGGUGUACCUUGAUCCCUCAGGGAAAAAUACAUAUUUGUACAGUUGUGGUUGUUGUUUUUUUUCUUUUUUUUUUUUUUCUUUUUCUUUUUUUGGGUUUUUUUGGCUAAGGAAUGUCGAUUGAAUCACCUGUUACUGUCAAGGGGCAGCCAGAUAAUAAUCCUAAAGCCACUGUUUCCAACAUUGAUUGUUUAAAUCAUGUGUCCUUCCAGUGCUAUUAUAUUAAGAUAAUAAUAAUAAAAAGUUAUUUUCUGACAGUUCUUUGUGCUGAUUGGUGAAAAAAAAAGGGUAAAUAAGCACCUUAUGAUUGACUUACUGUGAAUGACAAUCCAUCUUGAUAUCAACAAUAGAAGCCCUAUCAUUUUGGAGUUGGGGUUAAGAGUCAGAAACAAUGUGCUCAGGGAUCUUCUAAAACUCUUAAAACAGGGUGGCCAGUACUACUGGGACAAAUUGUGUUUUUUAUUAUUAAUAAUAAUGAUAAUACUAUCCCUCCAGGGCACAAGUGAACUGUGUAGAACUGCAUGUGUGUGUAAACUCUUCACUGUCAUCUCAUUUUGUUGCAUUCGAAAUUUAUGUGUUCUUCAGUCUUGUGUGCUUAAAAACAUUGAGUAACUUCCAGAGCUGUAGAAAGUUAUGCUAGUGUGUUCAAAAGAUAAAUGAAUAGGUAAUAUACCAACAGAGAGCAUCAUUCAAACUACAAUCCUGCAUCCUCCAUCCUCCAUUUACCAUUUCUCUAAUCAUUAAAAUAUCCAUGAUAAACAUGUCUAUAGCAUUAUAUUUUAAAAGCUAUUUCAAGUUCUACAUAACAUGAAUAAAAAAUUUAAAAACAAGUAUUGAGAUGAGAGCCCUGCCUAUCAGUGCAGUGAGAGAGGUAAAAGAUAAAACGUGGGGUUUUUUUUAAUGCCAGCAAAUAACUAUCAAUUUCACUAUGUUCCUCUAGAAGCAAACAAACAAAAAAAUCCUUUAUGUAACACAGUUCACCUACACUUACACAUUUGUAGUUUUUAAAAUGUUGAAUUAACAUAAGAGCUAAUGUUUAAAGACAAACAAAACCCACAAGGUAACAGCGACAUAAGCCAGCUUUUAGGGUUACAUUUUGCAUUUUUGAAAUAUACAGUCAGUGAAUCUCAGCGUAAUUGUUGGCUUUGAUUCUUCCAUUCCACACUUGGAAUAUAUAUUCAGAAGAAGUUUUACAUAUUUUUCUUACUACCACAGAAAAGCAAAAUUUGGGAAGACUUUCCAUGUCAUUUAGAUGGAAAACAAAAACAAAAACAUUUACCUUGUUUUUGAUAAUAAAGACUAUAGAAAAUGGCAGAAAUAUUUCUCUUUCUCUCUUUCUCUCUGUCUCUCUCAUAUAUAUACAUGCACGUGCACACACAUACACACACAAGUUAUUGACAUUUUUAUAUAUAACAUUUGAUUGCCACUUCUUUCUUACAAAGAAAUGACAUAACAUAACCCCAUAAAAACAACUUUAUACUGUAGAUCAGAUUAAGUGCCCAGAAAUGCAAUUGCAACAGUAAAUCUUGAUCUAUUGCUAAUAGUCUAUGAUACAGGCCUUCAUUCUUGCCCUAAACACUAGUAUUAUUAAAGAGGUUCCACCAGAUUUCAUUAGAGACCUUCCUAUGAUUGUUUAUUCUUAAGAGAUGAGAAGGCAAUGUCUUUACAAAGCAAUUGGUUUCAGUUCUGGGUCUGUUUGCUUAUUUGUUAGUGUUUUAAGUGAUAGUAGUUUUGUCAGGCUCUCAAACAAUUUUAAAAAUAAUCCACAAGCCCGCUUCAUACCAAGAAAACGGAGAUGGUGGGGGAGGGGUCUCCAUGUUUAUCCAGACCCUCAGAACUUAGAGCAAUAAAUACAUUCAGUCAUUUAUUUAUAAAUGAGUGACAGAAUAUUCAAUCCAAAUAGAAACAUUUUUUCUGCAGUGAACCAUAACAUGGAGUCUUGUGUUAAGAAAAUGAAUAUGAAUAUUUCAAAUAGAUGCCUAGAGAAUCUGUUUGCUGUUUACAUUUAGUGUGUUUACCACAUUAGCAGUAUCACAUUUUCUAUUUUCCUUCUAAGAACUAAUGAAAGAUAGCUUGCUCUUAGCUUUGACAUGCUGCACAUGCCAUUAUGUUGUUCUCUAAGAGCAACUACAUUCUCUCCAGUGUUCAUGUGUGAGUCCUUUCUCAUUAUUACUUCCAUGUGGAUGAAUACUAUUUCUAGGAACUUGGUUAUCAUUGAACAGAUUGCAUAUGUAAAUGCAGAUAAUUCUUGAGCAAUAUAGUGAAUAUGAUUUCACAAAAAACAAAAAAAAAACAAAAAAAAUAUCUGUAUGUACUGUACACACCUUCAUGAAUCCAAAAUUCUCUUCUUACCCACAAUAGUUUGAAAUCUCAUAUAAAACAGUGGUAAAUUUUUAAACAUUAGGACAUUAGCUGGCUGCUUCUUUAAAUGUACCUGUAUUGUCUGCCUGCUCCUUUUGUGGAGAUGUGUUUUUGUAUUGGAUGUUUGGGCCAAUGGGAGGCUUCAAGCUACAACAUAUUUUCCCAGUUUAAAUAUAUUUAACAUAUGACAAACCCCAGACAAGGCUUUUAAUAUGUAUAAAGAACUGCAGUGUUAGGUGGUUUAUUUGCAAACCGUUUUCAAUGUUGUCCAUUUUUAUGGCACCUUUAACAAUAUUCUUGUUUCCAAAGUACAAAAAAAAAAAAUAGGUUAAAUAAUCUAGCCAUAACUGAAUGUCAAGCAAUAAAACAAAUGACUUUUGUGCAUAGACUUAAAAAAAUACAAAUUUUAGACAUCUGCAUGUAAAUGCAAUCUCUUGUUUACUGCUUUCUUCAACUUGAGCAAUUGAUUCCUUAUUUACUAUUAACUUAAGAACUUGUAAUGGCCUGUAAACAUUUUCUCUCUUACUCUUCUUUCAAAUUUACCUUCGUCGCUGCUUUUGAGUCAUAAUAUUUAAUGUUCUGCACAUCUCUAUACAGUUAACUUUUUGGCUUUCAUUCUGUAUAGAUAAGAAAAUGUUAUAUUAUAAACAGCCUACUCAGUGCAAAUAUUUAUCUGUUUAUCAAUUCCACAAUAUGCUGUAUAAUACUGGUUUUACUAUAUAAUCUAUUUUAGACAUAGCUGUUUAGAACUAGAGUGUGCUAUUUUUGUGUUUUUCUGAUGUGUGGUGCUAGAUAAGUUACUUUUGUGAACAAAAAAACCCUUUUAUUCCUAGACAAUACCACCUUUGGGUCUUGUUAAUUUCACUGAGUAUAACUAUAUAUUUGUAUAUAUAUACAUAUAUAUAUAUAUCUCUCUACCUGUGCCCAACUGGCAGCUGUAUCAGAGUGCUGGAUUUGGGACAUGCUUUUCUCUUUAAAUACAUAAUAUCAUUAUAUAAAUUAUUCUAGAGUGUAUUUAAUUAGGAUAAAAUUACUUCCUUAGUAUGGAUAUUUGACAUCUAUAGGGUGAAUUUGUUUAUAAAUAAGGGUAUAUGAAAACUUAUUAGCAUUUACUUUGUUUGCUACUUGGCUUUAUACCAUAUCUCCUGAGCUAAAAAAUAAUUUGCCAAGCCUUCAAGAUCCUAAAGAAACACUUUAGUUUAAUGGAGUAAUACUUUUUUUUUUUUCUUACUAAGGAAUUAUAUUAUUGGCACCUGACAGGGUUGUGUACUUAGCUCCUACUAUAGAUAAUAGGCAUUUAUAUAAAAUAUCCUUGAUGGCUUGAUGGCAGAAUAAACCUUUCCCCUCCUACCUGAGCCAUGAGAAGUCUGGAGACUAACACUGUCGUGGCAGAACAUGGGCCAUAAAGCAAAUUCAACAAGGGGUGUUCUGUUUUAAUAUGACCUCAUCCAGUUCCAUGAACUGAGUGAAGGACCUUCAUUUUAAGUCAUUUAGUAAUGAGCUUAGUUAAACUCUUUCACCUAUUCUCCCAAGACCUAUUGGCAUUGUUAAAAAUCGAAGUAUAUCAAAUAUCUAACUAAGGAUGUAGUUCACCUUAUUAAAUAUUGAUUAGAAUUGUUCUGUAAUAUUACUGAAUUUGUAAGAUCUUUAGCAAAGAUUUUUGAGCAAUUUAUAAAUAUAGAGCAAAUGGUUCUGUUCACUGCACUUUUGUAAUUGAAGGUGAUAAAUUCUCAAGCCACGGUUAUUGGCUUCCAUGCACUGCAUAUUUACCCACCGUUCGAGACAUUUUCCGUUUUUAUGGAAGAGUUGUUGUUACCUUAAUUAUAAAUGCAAUCAUGUGGUUAAUGAGAGCUAAUGCUAAUAGUUAACCUUUUCAAGUGAAUUGGCUACAGUUUAGGGAGAAAUCUCUUUUAACACAAAUCACUUCAUUCCUUAUUGCUUCGCUUAGCAAGAGAUGGAAACUUUUUUGUUAAGCACCAUUUAGUAUCCUAAGCUUCCUGAAGAUAGAGAUUGUAUUUCGUUGUGUCUGCACAAUGGCCAGCACAUGUCAGCAUUUGAUAAUUGUUAAAUGACAACAAGUGUGCCCCAAUUCAAACUCUUUUCCUGGGUUGUUAUGGUAGAUUUAUAAGGUAUAUCAUCUCUUAUGGUUAACACUUUUGUCUAACACCAAGUAUUAAAUCCACAUUUGAAAAGACCACAUGAAAUGCUGAUUCUAAUUGUGUGUGGGUCUUGAGGAUUAAGCACACAAAUUUCACGAAACUCUGUGAGUAACAAACUCAGCCUUCUGUAAAUAUACAUGCAAGUUUGGAAACAGUAAUACUGUACCUAUAAAUAUAUCGUCUGUUUUGUGUACAGUAUGUAAAAAUUCCUUUUCUGCCACACUAAAAAUGCAAGCCAUUUAUGGGUAUCCUAAAAAUAGUAUUGUACUAAAACUUUGCUAAUGGUCUUUAUUAGAGGAUCAUCCAACUUUUCACAUACAUUGGGUUUUCUUUUCAAUUCACUCUUACAGUAUUCUGCUUAUUUCCAGCUGUUUAUUUUAUUGAGUCCUGAAUUAAAAAAAAAUAUUUUGAUUCAUUUUGUAAAUACAAGCUGUAAAAAAAGAGAGAUUUAAUGUUGUCUUUUAAAUACUCCGAUUUUCAUUCUAAUAUGAAUGUUGUUAUAUUGUACUUAGAAACUGUACCUUUAAUAUUACAUUACCUUUAUUAAAAGUGCAUUGAACACAUCAAUUUUAGAUGUGCUUUAUGUACUGUUAUCCUAUAAUAAACCUUCAGCUUCUAAUGGAA